GUCAUUAGAGGAGAGAAAAGCGAGAGACACGCACUUGACGUAAAGAUGGCGGCUGUUAGAAGUGUUCAGAAAUUAUACGGCAUUGGACUUCAUUCAAUUCGUCAAAAUACUGCGUUAAAAGCAACAACGCUUCUGCAGCAAAGAGCAUUCCGCGUCUGUAGAGCUCUUCGCCAGCAGCCGUUUGAUUCUUCGGCGGAGAAGCCGCAGUUUCCUGGAGCCUCGGCGGAGUUCAUCGAUCACCUGGAGUUUAUCCAGCCCAAUGUGAUCUCAGGAAUCCCUGUGUAUAGGGUGAUGGACAGACAGGGCCAGAUCAUCAAUCCGUCGGAGGAUCCUCAGCUUUCAAAAGAGACGGUUUUGAAUUUCUAUCAGAAGAUGACGUUACUCAACACAAUGGAUCGUAUUCUUUACGAGUCUCAGAGGCAGGGCCGUAUCUCAUUCUACAUGACCAAUUACGGUGAGGAGGGCACACAUAUUGGAAGCGCUGCAGCUCUUGACCCUAGUGAUUUGGUCUUCGGCCAAUACCGGGAAGCUGGUGUAUUGAUGUACAGAGGCUUCCCUCUGGAUCUGUUUAUGGCACAGUGCUAUGCAAACGCUGAUGACCUUGGCAAGGGUCGACAAAUGCCAGUUCACUAUGGCUGCAAAGACCUUAAUUUUGUCACCAUCUCCUCACCACUUGCCACUCAGAUCCCCCAGGCGGCCGGGGCGGCGUACGCAGUGAAGCGGGAGAACACAAACCGUGUGGUGAUCUGUUACUUCGGAGAGGGGGCGGCCAGUGAGGGAGACGCACAUGCUGGAUUUAAUUUCUCCGCCACCCUUGAGUGUCCUCUCAUAUUCUUCUGCCGUAAUAACGGUUAUGCUAUCUCCACGCCAACCAACGAGCAGUAUAGAGGGGACGGUAUUGCUGCUCGAGGUCCAGGAUACGGACUGAUGUCGAUCCGUGUAGAUGGAAAUGAUGUUUUUGCAGUAUACAACGCCACAAAAGAGGCACGACGCAGAGCGGUGGCUGAAAACCAGCCCUUCCUCAUUGAAGCCAUGACCUACAGGAUCGGUCAUCACAGCACCAGUGACGACAGUUCUGCCUACCGCUCAGUCGACGAGGUGAACUACUGGGACAAGCAGGAUCACCCCAUCUCUCGCCUACGGCACUACAUGACCGCCCGAGACUGGUGGGGCGAGGACGAGGAGCGGGCCUGGAGGAAGCAGUCCCGCAAACUCGUCAUGGAGGCCUUCGAAAGAGCCGAGAGACGUCUGAAACCCCACCCUGACCUGAUGUUCACUGACGUCUAUGAUGAGAUGACUCCUCAAAUAGCCAAGCAGAAAGACGCCAUGUGGCGGCACGUCCAGCAGUAUAAAGAGCAUUACCCACUUGAUCUCUAUGAGAAAUAAUCCAUGAGCCGUGGACACAACUGGGAAAAGUCUUGCACAUGUCAGAUGGUUUGAAUUCUCUUUUUUUCCCCCCAUUUCUUUAUUUUCAUGUUGCAUUAGAAAGCACAAAUACUGAAAGAUGAAUUGUUAUCCUCCAUAUUUGCCACUAGAGGCCUCUGUUUUGUCAUUUUGUGCCUUGGAAAAUGGUGUAAAAGAAGGAGUGGUGGAAGAUCUACUGUACACUGGCCUAAUGUAGCAAAUACUCUCAUUGUUCUAACAGCCCAUGAAUACAAUAUCAUUAUAUCGGCAUAGUGUUCUCAAUGCAGUCGCUACUGUUUCUUCAUGAAUAUCUAGAGUACUUCCUGUGAUAUAAGAACUUCAUUCAGUAUCUUUGGAAUAUGGGUUUCUAAAUCACUGUAAACGAUCGUCAUUGAUUUCUCAUCUCUCCACAAACAACACUAAUACUCACUGAAGGUGAUGUGAUUGUGACAUGCUUUUGAAAUGUUUAUUUUUGUGUGUAUCAUUACCUUCAGACUUUCCACUCCAAACUGAGCCAUUAACAAGUAUAUAUACAACAUGUUACCGUGUGCUGUUAAUUCCAACCCCCACAGAUGAUGUUAAUAAUAACUUCCUGUUUAGCUGUGAUUGUUAAUGAACUGAAGAAACUUUCUGUGUGAGACUCACUCAACUGUUACAUGACAUGAUGAUGUGUUUGAGAUAUAUUCUGGUUAGCUUUAGGGGAUUGUAAAUUGUAUUUUAAACAAUAAAAAUGCUCAUAAAAUGUAA